UAUUUUCACUCAAAUCUGUCCUUAAAAGCCUUGUCUGUAUAGCAUUCACACCCCCAACAUUCAUUGAUGAUGGAGCUCCCACCAUCACCACCAACGUACACCAACAUCAGCACUACAAGUCUAUCAUAUUUUCUUUCAGUAACUCUCUCUCUCUCAGAGGUCAUCUCUGCAACUGCGUUACGGAAAAAAACUCGUGUCUGCCACUUCAAGAGCUAUUUAGUGUCGUGUUUUUCUUCUUCGUCAAUCUUGUCCCAUUCUAAUUUCUCAACCUUUCUUAACACAAUUAAAAAUUCCCUUUUUACCUUUUUCCAUUCUUAAAAUCUUUUCCACCCUUAAAAUGACACGCAAGUUGCAUACUCAUCCCAAAUAUGUUCCAAGCAAACCAAAGAAGCGCACUGAUCAAGGAGAAGUAGAAAGAAGAGAUGUUACACGUGCCACCACCCAACAGCUAGCUUUGCUAUAUAUAAAUAAGCAUUACAAAGAAACUUAACCCUAGCAGAAGUUUAACACACUGCUGUAACUUGGGGAAUUCAAACCCGUAGAAUGCUGCUUUCCUGUGCUAAAAAAGAUUUCUUACCACGGUGCUGUGUCGAUGAGUUCCAUACGAGUACUGAUAGCCAUGGCAACAUCUUUUCCAGUGAUAUUCUCCUCCCAUCCCUCGGAGCCAGAAUCAACCACGCAACUAAACUUCGCAGACAUAUAAUUUCCCCAUUCAAUCCUCGUUACAGGGCUUGGGAGAUGUUGCUGAUUGUUCUAGUCAUUUACUCAGCCUGGAUUUGCCCAUUCGAGUUUGCAUUCCUGACAUACAAGAAGGAUGCACAUUUCAUAGUUGACAACAUUGUCAAUGGCUUCUUCGCCAUUGAUAUAAUUCUCACCUUCUUUGUUGCUUAUCUAGACAGCCAAUCAUACCUUCUUGUUGAUGAUCCCAAAAAAAUAGCAAUCAGGUACAUAAUGACCUGGUUUAUUUUCGAUGUGUGUUCAACUGUGCCAUUUCAAUCCCUUAGCCUCCUUUUAACAGACCAUAGCAGUGGACUUGGUUUUAAACUACUCAGCAUGCUCAGACUCUGGCGUCUCAGACGAGUCAGUGCCCUGUUCGCAAGACUUGAGAAAGACAUUCGAUUCAACUAUUUCUGGAUUCGGUGCACAAAGCUCAUCUUUGUUACCGUGUUUACUGUACAUUGUACUGGAUGCUUCAACUAUUUGAUGGCAGAGAGAGAUCCAAAUCCAAAGAAAACCUGGAUUGGUGCAGUCUAUCCUAAUUUCAAAGAAGAAAGCCACUGGGACAGAUAUGUAACUGCAUUAUACUGGUCUAUUACAACACUAACUACAACUGGUUAUGGUGACUUGCAUGCUGAGAACCCAAAAGAGAUGCUAAUUGAUAUUUUUUAUAUGCUAUUCAACUUGGGGUUGACAUCUUACCUCAUAGGGAACAUGACAAACCUUGUAGUCCAAUGGACCAGCCACACCAGAAAUUUUAGGGAUACAGUCAGUGCUACUUCUGAAUUCGCAGCAAGAAACCAGUUGCCCUCUCACAUACAGGAUCAAAUGUUGUCUCACAUAUGUCUCAAGUUCAAAACAGAAGAACUGAAACAGCAAGAGACCUUAUAUGGUCUGCCAAAAUCCAUUCGCUCGAGCAUUGCACGCGGUCUCUUCUUCCCUAUUGUUCAAAAUGUCCGUCUUUUUGAGGGAGUUUCUCACAACUUUCUUUUCCAAUUGGUUUCUGAAAUGGAGUCUGGAUAUUUCCCACCCAAGGGAGAUGUGAUUCUACAGAAUGAGACUCCAACAAAUCUUUACAUACUGGUCUCAGGAGCAGUGGAAUUGAUCGUUCAUAUUGAUGGCCAUGAUCGAGUUCUCGGAAAGGCUGUUGCAGGGGAUAUUUUUGGAGAAAUAGGUGUUAUGUGUCAUAGGCCACAGCCAUUCACAGUUAGAACCACCAAGAUUUCUCAAAUACUACGGCUGAACAGAAGUACGCUGAUGAACAUUAUUCAGGAAAAUACAGAAGAUAGAUGCAUUAUCAUGAACAAUCUUUUCCAGAAAAUGAAAGAGCUUGAAAAGUUUGGUCUUCUGGACCAACAUGCAAAUCCAGGUUUGACCCACAGUGAGUGGUUUGAUGGAGAACUAGAAGGAGAAAUCUCUUCUCACACUGUUUAUCAAGAUCAUUCACAUGAUCCAUUGAAACAGAGUGAGACAGAAAUAGAUUUCCUUACUUCAGAGGCUACAGAGAAGAAUGGUGCAGGAAUAGCUCAUACUGUGACCAGAAGUGGAAUCACUGGAAUGGAUGUCAAUUUAACACCUUCUGUUCGCAAGGGGCACUUCGAAAUGGUUAGAACUCUAUUGGAAGAAGGAGCAGAGGUGAACAAACCAGAUGCGAAAGGGUGGACACCAAAAGCUCUAGCUGAAAAGCAAGGAAAUAAGAGUAUACAUGACCUUUUACUUAAUUAUGAAAAUAGAAGGAUAUUACAUGGAAAAAAAAUAGAUUUUAUAGGGCCAGAAAGAGCUGACUGCUCCAGGAACAGUCAAUUCAAACCUACAAGAAACAAGGGCCCCAAAUUUUCAAACUCUGAUGUUAGAAAGGUACCCCCAACCUUCAGCUCGAGCAGUUCUAGCCGUGCCCCUGCUAGAGAAGUUACAAAAUUGACUAAGAGAAGAGUCACCAUUCAUAUGAAGUUUCAAAAUAACAUCACAUCCCCAAAACAGCUGGGAAAGCUAAUACUCCUACCUGAUUCACUGGAAGAGCUAUUCAGGAUUGCUGGUCAAAAACUCGGAAGCUACGAAUUUACGAAAGUUGUAAGUGCCCAGAAUGCAGAAAUAGAUGACUUGAGUGUAAUCCGAGAUGGCGACCAUCUGUUUCUCCUUCAAAAUGUGUGAAAGGUCCAGAUUGUGACGUCACCAAAUGAAUAUCGGAAAAUUACAAGUUAGAAUGUAGACAUGCAGUUAGCUUGUAGCUUCAAGGCAACUGUAUAUUGAUAUAUUUUAACAAGAAAAUAAACUGCACUGAUUAAUCAAAUUCGCUGCCCAAAGCAAUAAAUAAUUCUAGGGAAGUCA